AUGAUCAUCGGGGGGACCGACAUUCCCCAAGGACCCACGAUCAAACGGAUAAAACAUUUUGCUGCAAUAGAAGGGUCGAUCCGAGACCGUGCGACCAAAGACACCCUCGCAUUUUGCGAGGAGGAUUUCGGGACCCUAACACGGCCACACAACGACGCACUGGUAAUUUCAUUUCUGUUAAAUAACAUUCGAAUUAAACGUGUGCUCGUGGACCCAGGCAGCUCAGCCAACGUAAUCAGGCCAAAGGUAGUAGAACAGCUCGGGUUACUUGAUCAGAACGUACCCGCCUCCCGGGUCCUCCACGGCUUCAACAUGGCCGGUGAAAUAACGAAAGGGGAGAUCGCCCUCUCGGUUGACAUGUCCGAUACAGUUCAGAACACCAAGUUCCACGUCAUCGGUAGUGACAUGAGGUACAACGCAUUGCUUGGCAGGUCGCGGAUACAUAGCAUGAGGGCAGUGCCAUCAACUCUACAGCAGAUGAUGAAGUUCCCAACAAAGGAUGGUAUAACAACCAUAUAUGGAUAA